AGAUUAUAUAAAUGAAAUAUAACUAACACUUUGAGUUUUAAACACUUAGAGGUAUGGGCUUCGAGUUCCAAACUCUAUCUGCGUAGUACUGAAAAUAUUCAUGGACUUAUGGUUGAUCUGAAUGCGGCCUUAGGUAUCUAUCACUUGACGUGUAGCUAUUUUUAGAUCAAGAUUCUAUAAUCUAUAAUGUGAUUUAUGAAAAUAUGAACACUUAUGAGUGCGUUCUUCUUCGCCUAUUGUGGCGAAACUUCCCGUUUGGUUACUGUGACAGCAGCCAAGACCAUGAAAAUCUAAUAAUUAAAACGAAACAUGUGUAAUGUGUAACCAACAAGCACGCAAACCUGUCAUGUGUAUAAUACUGAUCUAGUCAGCGGGCGUGGAAACAUCACCUUAAAAGUCGUAAAGAAUCCAAAAUAAAGUGACCCCUGCCUUUCGAGAAUUCUCUAUUAACUCGAAGCUUUUUUGAAUUUGUUCAUAUUUGUGGUUACAGUAAACAUAUGCGAAGUCACUCUCAGAUCAUCAGACAAGGCCUUUUUGGCCUUAAGAAAAAAUAGAACGCUGUCAAUUGAGUAAAUAAGUGACGGUUGACUGAGUUAAUAUGGGGCCCUUUGUUUAAGCCAGAAAGUUUUCUAACAGAAACCUGCCUCGGAGCGGGUUUUCUCUGCUGCAAACAAUGAAAUUUGGUAAUGUUUUAUCGUUUUCAAAGUUUGUGACGUUGCUUUUAAAUGAUUUGCAUCCGUUUUAAUGUUGGGGUUUUUAGGAAAAAAAAUAGUUCCUUCAUUCCUUUCUUAUAAGGAAAAAUGAGGUUGUCACUCUUUCCAAUCUUUCGUGGAUUUAACUCGAAAACAAAAGGAUUUAUGCAAAAGGGCGUACGACAUUUCUGUGAGAACCCCAACAGCAAGGAAAGUCUGACAUCUGAUCAAAAUCUGUCGAUUCUUGUUCAAGAUCAAAAUCAGAUCAAAAAUCUGUGUUUUUGGUAUUUACCUUUUAACGGGAAGUGAACUUCGCGGUGUAGUCAAAUGGUCAAACGGUUCGCUGCAUAACAAUUAAAAUUUUGGACGUCUCAUAAGCAUAACAAAGGCUGCAGGUGACUCUCUGUGAUAACAAUAUUGACACGUGACUUGGUCUGACUGAACGGUCUAGACCCUGAUUGUACGCAUGCGCAAUACUGACAAAUUCAAGUUAGACCUGUUUCGUGGUCUGUUAGACAUAAUUGUCCGUCUGCCGUUGAAAAAAUAUUGGAUCGUGAACGUUUACAGGAAGAAGCAGGAGUAUUGCCAUUACAACAGUUUAAAGAUGCCUGGAGAGCUAAGUGGUACGCAAAGGUUGAUCCGUGGAAAACUUUCUAAGUUUUUAAACCUUGGGCUGUGCGUGACAGGCAUAAUUUUCAUCAUUAUCGGCGUCUUCAAGUCCACUUUGUUGUUGUACAUUGGUUGUGCGCUUAUUGGUGCAUCUAUAGGCGGCUUUAUAAGGUCGAGAUUGCCAAUGACAACAAUGAUCCCAUCAACUGGUGUCCAUUUUGUGUACAGAUCGGAACUUCAAAGAAACCUGCAAGCCUACGAAAAUGGAUUGCAGACGUUUGUUGUAAUGCACAGUCAACAACCAUGCGGCAUUGGACAAAAAAAAAUUAACCAGUACACAACCAUCACGAAGUAUUUUUCAAACAUGAUCCUUUUGAACAACGACUCAGUUGACCGGUUGUCUGUCGUUUCUGCUUUGACUGAACGAACUGAAUCAAAUGAAUCUUGCUGCAUUAUAUGCUUGAUUCAUUUCAAGACUGGACAAGAAGUUAGAAAACUUCCUUGUCAGCACAUUUACCAUAUAAACUGCAUCGAUAAAUGGCUGAAGAUGAAUCGACUUUGCCCGACCUGUCGAUCAGAUGUGACGCUGCCAAACAGUGUGAAGAAGCCCUCCACUUCGAACGAAAUCGAAGUUCAUGCUGAGUUGAAUAUUGUUAAUAACCAUGGCAACAGGGAUGAGAUAAUAAAUCAAGGUGCUGUUGGCGCUCCCUCUCCGAAUCAGAGUGUCGUUGUUUCCCUUGACAACAGUGAUAUGAGAGAGGCUGAUAUUGGUGAUGAUAAUGACGUAACCAGUAGCCUUGCUUCUUCGUCCAAUGGCGUUGUCAUCGAAGUAGAUGUAGAGGGUAGUAACACUGCAGUGGCUAACUGAAGCAAGGAUUUCAAAGACAGCUUUGAUGUUUCACCAGUCAAGUGAUGCCAUAGCCAAGCUGUUCCAGCAAUGCAAUACCCAUUUGAAUCUCUCGUUCUUCGUUCUCGAAGGGACUCGUUUUGGCCUGUAUACAGGUUACAAGAAAUUACCCUAUCUCAAAUAGGACUAUCGGCUUAAGACAAAGUUCUUAGGAUUGUUUUUCUUCCUCAAAGGAUGCCAUUUUUGUCAAGAGUUAUGUUGAUUUAUGUUUGUGAAGUUUGCACGACAGUGUCGAAGGCUUACAUGUCCGUGAAGUUGACAGUAUGCAGUGGAUAAAUGUUAAUUUUGGUUGAUUUAAUUUUGAGUUUUGAAGUAUUUAUUUUGCGUUAGUAAUCUAAUGAUCUUGUGUGCCAAAAUAGUAAUUAUUUGAUUAUCCGUUAAAUCUUAGGGCGCCGUUUAAUUUAGAUUAAUAGUCAUAAUUCUAAUUAAUAUUAUAGAUAUUAGAUGGCAUAAAGACCAUUUUUUAUAUUUGUUAAAAUUUUUCUUUCAGAAAAAUAUGAAACUUGAAUGAUUAAAAAAAAUUUUUUAAAGUAGACUUCUUUAACGCAACUAUUUUCGUCAGUUUUAAAUUUUUCAGAAUAUAUAAGGAACACUGGGACAUUUUCUUACAUAGCCAUGGGCCUUUAUUUAGCAACAAGGAAAAUUAAGUACCAUUAGUAAAUCCGAUAUAAAUUCAAGGGUUUGUUAAGCUACAAUAAAAUUACUUGUUCUGCAGAUUUGCCUCAGAAGGUUAUAAUUACUGCAUUUCCAUUACCCCGGGUGCCAGAAUCUCUAUUAUUCAGUCUCAGAGUGAACCCAAGUAAAUAUAUUUCGAACCUAGUCACAGUAGUGUUUAUUUGAGCGAGCCACGGCACGUUUCCAUUAACCUGCUUUUCUGCCCUCUCCUCGAAGAUGCUUUUUUUGGACCAGAUGGGGCUACUCCCCUAUUUUCAGUGCAAAAGGUGUCAAAUUCCUCUGCUUCUGUUUUCAGACAUGGUUUUGAAAACCCCUUCUUAUUUUUAUAUCAUUGAACCACUGGCCAAUACCCUCCGCUAAUUUAAGAACUUUGUACCGUGUGCUUGUUACCACGUCAUGCUAAAGGUCUUUAGUCUACCUUAGUCUCCCAUUUCAAGCCCCCCAGAACGACAUAAGUCGUCUAGGUUGUUGUUUAAAUAUCGUUGCGUUGCGUUUUAGACUAAUUAUUGUCUGUAAUAUGAUCGGGUCCUUGCUGACUAGUAAUAUUCUAUAGCCGAUUUCAGCUCUGCGGCCAUUUGCUUCAGAAAUAGUUCCACGUAAUAUGAGUAGUCUUAGACUAAACGUUGGGCGCAGAAAACAUGCUUAAGACGCAAAACCCGCGUAACUGAAAAGCAGAAACCGGCAUUAGUUUUCAUACCUGAGUGUUUUAGCAAUCCUACAUUCUGCGAUUUUAUGGAUUCGGAAAUUUUAGACCAGGCUAUUGUGAAUAUUAUUUUUUCCAUCAAAGUUACCGAAUGUUGAUAAUCAUGUCUAAAUGUAAAAUAUGUAAAUUAAAGAUAAAUAAUUUUAGAUGAAUCAAUAUUAGAGAGCAAAAGUUGACUUUUUUCUGAAAGGGCUAUU